AGAUAUCAAGUUCUCACCUAAGUCUCUACAGCCACACAAUGUCCUAUCCAAGCCAGCAGCAGCAAUCAGUCCGAGAUGGUCUACAUAACUCAGCUUGGUCUACCGACCUCUUUGACUGCUUCUAUGAUAUUCCAACUUGUUGUUUAACAUACUGGUGCCCCUGCAUCACUUUUGGCAGAAUCGCUGAAAUUGCAGAUCAAGGAGCCACAUCUUGUGAAGCAACAGGAGCAAUUUACUUUCUGCUAUCGUUGUUUCUUGGGUGCGGUUGCUUAUUCUCAUGCAUCUAUCGCACCAAGAUGAGAAAACUAUACAAUCUGGAUGAGAGUCCUUGUGGAGAUUGCUUGGUUCAUUGUUGUUGCGAGUCAUGCGCUCUGUGCCAAGAGUACCGUGAGCUCAAGACCCGUGGAUUUGACAUGUCUCUUGGAUGGCGAGGAAACAUGGGGAAUCAGAAAGGUGGAGUGGCAAUGGCUCCAGUGAUUGAAAGCGGCAUGAAGCGAUAGAACGGAUUGGAGAGUGUCGUUAUAGUUGUUAUAUUCUUAUAUAUAUAUAUAUAUUAUUGUGUGUAUGAUUAUGGUUGUUCGUUACCUAAUUAAGUUGGGCUGGGCCCCUGGGCUGUUGUUCACUUGUUUGGGCUAUCUAUUUUGGAUUGUACCUAAUUGUUUAUUGGAAAUUUUAUCUACUCACCAUUAAUCUA